GCAGUCAUCAUCAAACUUCCUAAACAACAACAACGACACCUAAAAUCUCGGAAGCAAGAAUGAGCCGAGCAUUAUUCAGAAACGUAGCCGUCGACACCGUCCGGCUCAUACGACGGAACAAGGCGGCGGAGACAUACCCAUUUGCUAAAACCGGCCUUUCUCAAUCGAGACCUUAUUUCAGGUCGCGUCAGCUUCUGGGAAGAGCAAAAGAAACAGGGGCUUCACCUUCUCCUUCUUUAGGGUUUUGUUCAUCUUCUUCAUCAUCUGCGUCGAUUUCGAAAGUUGGGUUCAUUGGUUGGUACCUUGGUAUGGUGAAAUCACGCCCAGUUUUGACUAAAAGUCUCACUUCCUCUCUUAUUUACAUUGCCGCUGACUUGUCUUCUCAGACUAUUGCGAAAUCUUCUUCUGAGUCUUAUGACUUGGUGAGAACAGCAAGGAUGGGUGGAUAUGGUCUAUUUGUCUUGGGUCCAACACUUCACUAUUGGUUCAAUUUCAUGUCAAGACUCUUUCCUAAGAAAGAUUUGAUUACAACGUUUAAGAAAAUGGCCAUGGGACAGACAAUCUACGGGCCAACCAUGACCGUUAUUUUCUUCUCAUUGAAUGCAUCUUUGCAAGGGGAAAGCGGUUCAGAUAUACUUGCCAGAUUGAAAAGGGACUUGGUCCCUGCACUGUUUAACGGUGUCAUGUAUUGGCCUGUAUGUGAUUUUAUUACAUUCAGAUUCUUCCCCGUUCAUUUGCAGCCUCUUGUAAGCAACUCUUUUUCGUAUGUUUGGACAAUCUACAUGACAUACAUGGCAAACCGCAAAAAGCCUGACGCGAUUUCAAGCUAAAACACUCAAAUAUUUUCUACAUUAUCUAGGCUCUCGGGCAUAACCUCCUUAUUGUGUGCUAAGUUUUCGCCGUGUCAAACUGCAAUUAGCAUUCUUCAAGAUUUUUUCUGUUAUGUCUGUAGAAUUUAGGUUAGUAAUUGUAUGAGCUUGGAAGAACCUACAUGUAUGAUAUCACAAACUAAUGAGUUUUUGUAA